AUGACCAAGGAUGUCUCCUCUUCCAUUUUUGUGAAAGUGACCAAAUCGGCUUCAAAAAUCAGACCAAUUGAGUUUGAACAUUUGGCCAAUCUUUUCGGCAAAGUGACCAACUGGAAGUGGAAACACUGUAAACUCGGUUUCAAAUGUUUUGAUUUCCGCGCACUCGAAGUCUGUGACUGUCUUUCAAACAAGCUGCUACCCAAUUACGAUCCUGCUCAGCUCAAGGGCUCAACCAUCAUUUUGCCCAUGGUCUCCAUCGGCAAUGUACCUCAACUUACAGCUGACUUGCUCAUUCACACAUUUCAUUUUGAACGAGUGGGUUUUAUUGACACAGAUACUGUUAUUCCAGUAUCAAGUCAACGUGAAGACAAUAAUCAAAUAGGAUCAACAACACCUAUUGAAGUGUUUCAAUCAAAGGAUCGUCAAUGGACAUGCAUACAGCAGCGAUCACCUACGAUAAAAGAAAAGAGAAAAUCCUAUGUGGAUCACAUCACUGCGUUUGCUUCUCAGUUUGAUCAAGUGAUCGUGCUGACGAGUAUGGACGCCUCACGUCGACUGGACUCUCAGAUCAACAGUGUCCCUUUCCGAGUAUUGGGCAGUGGAGACUAUGUGAACCGAUCAAAGGCUUUGGGUAUACCUGUACUUGAAGAAAGUAGUGAAAGGAUCCAUCUGCCUGGGUCUGGCCUGAGUCGUCAUGUGUAUAAACAGUUAGAAGACAAAGCGACAGUGCUCAUCAUGUUUGCACUCGAAGGAGAUAAUGUUCAAGACAGCAUCGACUUUGGAAACUACAUUCAUCGUGUGUUGGAGCUCGAACAAAUCACACAGUUUACUCCUCCUAAAAGUUGGGAGUUUUUAUUUGGAACUCCAUUUAAUGCAGACUUGUAUCAUUAA